UGGAGUUGUGCUACUGAGGCGCUAGCUGGACCGUAUCACAAUACGUUCAAAUGUAAUCUUGUAUUUUCUAACAAAUGCAGUUUGGGGUGAGACGUUUUCGUGGCUGUAUAAACUGCACGUUAAAAAGGGAAUUAUUAGUCCCGUGUCACAAUAUCUACGUUGCUGCAUGUACUAGCAGCUUUGCUUCUCCUUAAUAUACUUGGAUAUUAUUUCAAUUUGGCUUCGGAUGAAAGGGUCACAUUUUUCCAAGCAGGCAUUUGCAUGAUUUAUAAGGAACUCAUACAAAUGACAUACAUUACAUGUAUACAUUUCCCUGUGGAUAUGUAACUUUUGAAAUCACUCCGUCUACAACAUGAACUGCCGUCUUCAGGGGAAACAGGCUUGGAUGUAACGUUAGUUUGAAACCUACGUUUUCUUUUCAGUGACGCAGUUGUGGCAUUUAAAAGGAACUCGUUGAACUGGAUGCAGGGUUUGAACGACGCAUUGAUUCUGCUAGUUCUGAUAACUAUGCUGUUUAGUUGUGUUUACGACAUGCAGCUUAUCAACAACAAAAACGUAGGCAGAACGGUGUAAUUUCUUUGUGAAUCGCACUAACGUUAGCGCCGAAAGAGAUCUCUGUCAUCCGGCCCUCCUACGCAUGGACCAAUGAGAGGGCUGGGAUCGGAUGCUCCUCCAAUCAGCAGCCGCUACAGGCCACCACGUAGUUGGAUCCCCCAACCGUUGUAGUUUUUUUUAUUUUGGCGGCUGGGUGGAAAACAUGGUGGAGAAUUUGAAAGGUUGCAGCGUCCCCUGGAAGAUGUCCUGGGAGCAGCUGGAGGCCCUGUGUCGCAGAGAGAGCCUCUACUGUCAACAGCUCGGAGUCAGGAGGGCCAAUGGCAAUGAAUUCGAUGUGGAGUUCCUGUGCGACUACAAGAGGACGAAGGAGGAGGAGUUCUACCUGGUCAAGUGGGAGGGCUUCCCAGAGUCUGACAACACCUGGGAACCCAAGAGGAACCUCAAAUGUCCCAAAUUGAUGAAGCAGUUUCACCUGGACCUGGAUCAGAAACUGAGGCGCCACAAAAAAUGUGGCAUCCCUAAAAAACUAAAUAAGGAAGUUGCGUCUUUCCUGGUCCAAAAAGCCAAAGUCCGCAGGCAUCUGCAGCGCUGGGAGGCCCAUUUGAAUCAGACGCGCAACCACCCAGGUCGCAUUUUUGUCCUUAACGAAGUGGACCUUGAGGGCCCCCCAAAGAACUUCACCUAUAUCAACAACUACAAAGUAGGCCAGGGCAUCGUGUUGGAUGAGAUGGCUGUGGGCUGUGAGUGUAAGAGCUGUUUGGAGGAGCCAAUCAAUGGCUGCUGCCCUGGGGCCUCUCUGCACCGCAUGGCCUACAACGACAGGGGGCAGGUGCGGGUCCGGGCGGGACAGCCAAUAUACGAGUGUAACUCCCGGUGCAGCUGUAGCCCCGACUGUCCUAACAGAGUGGUGCAGAAGGGCAUCCAGUUCGACCUGUGCAUCUUUAAGACGGAGAACGGCCGUGGGUGGGGCGUCCGCACGCUGCAGCGCAUCAAGAAGAACACGUUCAUCAUGGAGUACGUGGGAGAGAUCAUCACAACAGAUGAGGCAGAGAGGAGGGGUCACGUGUACGACCGCCAGGGCUCCACGUACCUGUUUGACCUGGACUACGUGGAGGACGUGUACACAGUGGACGCCGCUCACCAAGGCAACGUCUCCCACUUUGUGAACCACAGCUGUAACCCCAACCUGCAGGUAUUUAAUGUGUUCAUUGACAACAUUGAUGAGAGGCUCCCAAGGAUUGCUUUAUUUUCAACACGGGCUAUUCGGGCGGGAGAGGAGCUCACCUUUGACUACAAGAUGCAAAUUGAUCCGGUGGACACAGAAAGCACCAAAAUGGACUCCAGUUUCAGCGUGGCGGGGCUCCCCGGCUCGCCGAAGAAGAGGAUUCGAGUGGAGUGUCGGUGCGGAUCGGACUCGUGUCGGAAAUACCUGUUCUGACGAAGUCCUGCUGGGAACACGCCACCGGCCUCCGCCUCAGGAUGGACACAAUUGUACAGAUUUGUAAAUUCUUGGAUGUCUUUUUUUAUUUUUUAUUGAAGCUGAAAACAACUUUUUAAAUGUGAACAUGUCAAACCCUUCUUAAAUGAAUUCAACAAUCCACUUGAAUGUGGGGCCUCUUGGAUGCACAUGGAUUACUAGCAGGCCUGACUCCCCCCUUUUUUUGACCUCUUUCUAUACAAACA